GAGGAGGGCGAGCUUAGAUAGACAGGGGGACUCUCCGUAGCCAUUUUGGCUCAAGCCAUUUUGGCUCAAGUCCGUAGCCAGCUUUGCUCAACGACCAAGCGAGCAUUGCCAAGUCAGGAUGCCUUAAGCUAAGCUGUCUUUGAACGUCCAUAGACCGGUCGUGUCCAUGUUUCAAGCUGUUCGAGGUGCCUGGUCAGUAGGGUUUUUGGCGUGGCGCCAUCUCGCGAUAUGUUACAAUGCGGAGUGUUUGGUCGGGCUUGUUCCUUGCGAGCGUUGUCAUCUUCCAUUCUCAAGGUGAGUGCAGUACCCGCUGCUGGACCAGAUUUGUACGCGCCGUUGUUGCGUCCAAGAUGCCUUAUGGUGAGUAGUUAUGGCCGUGUGCAAUCUCUUUCAGGACAUAUUGGGUUUGGGAAUCUGACUCCAAGCGGCUAUCGAGUAUCUGCAGCUGGUGGUCGCACACGGCUUGUCCAUCGUCUUGUUGCGGAGGCUUUUUUGGGGCCGCCCCCAAGUCCACGGCAUGUACAUAUUAACCACAAGGAUGGAAUUAAAAGUAACAACCAUGUGACCAACCUGGAGUACGCCACACCUUCGCAAAAUGUGAUUCAUUCAUUCCUUCUCGACCCGAAUCGUAAAACUGGUGGGUGGAUGCAAGCGAGGGCAGUAUUGGGCAAACGAGUUGGGACCGCUGCUUGGACCUGGUAUCCCUCGAUUGCCGAAGCCUCGCGACAGUUGAAUUUACAUUCAUCCAAUGUAUCGAGAUGUUGCAGAGGCUUGGGUAAGCAAGCUGGCGGGUAUGAGUUCAAAUACGGACUGGCGGAUUCGUUAGACAAUGCCCCGGGUGAGGAGUGGAAGCAGGCAACGCAUCCAGACACAGGAGAAAUUCUUCGAGGUUGGAUUGUUAGUUCUGAGGGUCGGGUCAAAUCUUCGAGGACACGUGUGGGUUGGGGCACUCGAUGCGCCGAUCGGUAUCGAAGGGUAAGUGCGCAUGGACAGCAGAUGGCUGUGCAUAGACUGGUGGCUCGCGCAUUCAUCGGUCCACCACCUGACCAAGAGCGCCGCGAGAUUAACCACAUCGAUGGCAAUAAGCAGAACAACAGGGUUUCUAAUCUGCAGUGGGUUUCACGGAGAGAGAAUGUAUUGCAUUCUUACGAGACGAACAGGCAUCGAAAAAGGGGCCCACUGGCGACCAGCAAAGCUGUCCUAGCACAGCAUAAGAUCACGAGGGAGACAGCACAGUACCCGUCUAUGCACGAAGCCGCUCGCCGUCUCAAUGUGUCCCGCAAGAGUAUUCGCGCGUGUUGCUACGGAAGGGCAUCACUGGUCGGGAUGUACACAUAUCGGUUUGUUGAGCAAGUCCCCAACGUUUUGAUUGGUGAGGAGUGGCGGCUUGCACAGGUUGACACUGGAAGCUAGCCUGUUCCUGGUGCGUUGCGGAAUUUGUCUGGCACUUCGGGCCCUCGAUGCGGAUCAGUGCUCAGCCUGCCGCGCGCCGGGAGGACAAA